AGGCGCUUCCGCUUCCGGCGGUGUGGGAGUCGGCGCGCGGCCCGGCGAUGGCGGCGGGUAGCAGCGACCCGCUGACUGGCGACGUCGAGGAGGACGCCUCGCAGCUCAUCUUUCCCAAAGAGUUUGAAACAGCUGAGACCCUUCUAAAUUCAGAAGUUCAUAUGCUACUGGAGCAUCGAAAGCAACAAAACGAGAGUGCUGAGGAUGAACAGGAACUUUCGGAGGUCUUCAUGAAAACUUUAAACUACACAGCCCGUUUCAGUCGCUUCAAAAACAGAGAGACCAUCGCCAGUGUCCGCAGCUUGUUGCUUCAGAAGAAGCUUCAUAAGUUUGAGUUGGCCUGUUUGGCCAACCUUUGUCCAGAGACUGCUGAGGAGUCCAAGGCUCUGAUCCCAAGUCUGGAGGGACGGUUUGAAGAUGAGGAGUUACAGCAGAUUCUUGAUGAUAUCCAGACCAAGCGCAGCUUUCAAUAUUAAUCUCCAGGCAUCACUCUACUGCCGAGGGAACCACAUCCCCAGCACAGAGCCACUGUCGCCCAGGAUCGGGGCUGACUUGCACAGAAAUUCUGCCAUCACAGAAGACACUUGGGCUUCUUAAGCCACACUGCUGACUACCUCAUACUAUGGUUUUGGGCCCCUGUUAUUUUUUAUUCCUAAUAUUUCAUGUUUUAAUGUCAAUGUGUUUAUAGUUUUUGAAACUAUACUAGAACAUAUAAAACUGGUAUGGGGAACCAAUUUUAUUUAAAUGGAAGACUUAAACCAGA